AGCUGAUUUUUUUUAAGAACGAGUUGGCAGUCUUCUGGCGCAUGGUUUACGUAAAGCCGCAAAUUUUGUAGUUUUUUCUAUAAAAUAUAAAAUUUGUUGCAAAAGCUAAGUUAAGCAGCCAUGGCGAAUUCCUUGACUCGAUUCUGGGGACAGGGAUCCCUCCAAAAGCACGUGGUGCAGACCGGAUUGCGCGGCUUUUCUAGUCAACAGAACCCUGAAGUCGAGGAAGAAGAAGAGUUCCGAGUGCUGAGCCUGCGGACAGUGAAGCAGCAGUUCCAAAAGCGUCGGGAAGUGAAAAAGGAUCCCGUGACACCUCCCCGCUCGAACCGCAUGGCCGUGGAUCAGGACUGGACGGCAGCAUGGCCCGGACCACGGUCAUUCCACCCGGCCAGUGUCCCACUGCCGCUGCGACAAGGAUUCACAGAGCGCGGGGCAGCUGCGCCCUCGAAAUUCGCCAACGCUGAGCUGAUGAAGAUCCCCAACUUCCUGCAUUUGACCCCGCCGGCCAUACGGCAGCAGUGCGAGGCCCUCAAGAAGUUCUGCACCCCCUGGCCGAAGGGCCUGGAGACGGAGGCUAAGUGGCAGCGCCAUUUUCCAGUGGAGGUGAUUACCACCGACUACCUGCAAGCCCUGCCCACAAUCAGGAACCCCGAAGCUCGGAGGGUUACCGUUUCUCUAAAGCUCUCCGAUCUCAAAUUCGAUGCCCAUGCCAGGGACAAGUUCCUCCGUCUUGUCGGAGAUCGCUAUGACAAGGAUACCGACAUCCUCACCUUCGUCACGGAUCGUUGUCCUUUAAGGAAGCAGAACUACGACUACGCCCUCUACUUGCUAACAGCCUGCUACCACGAAUCCUUUGUGACCGAACCGUGGGAAGCUACCAAGUCGGAGGCUGACAUGGAGGUGUACCUUUUCGGGCGGAACAAAUCCAAGCUCUCCGCCGAGGAGAUCCUGAACUGGAAUGCUGCAGAGGGAGCGCCGAAGGUAGAACCUAGUCCCAGUUAUGGGCAGAGUGUGGAGCAGCUGAUCAACGAGGGCGAGAACGAGUACAACCUGACCAAAUACAAGGAGGAAGUCAAGAAAAUGUUGAACAUUGCCAGUCAGUGAAGAGUGAACUAGAGUUGUGGUAAACAAUAAAGUUGGAAGUUGUUA